AUCUUUAUACCUUUGUUGACUUUUCUGACAAGCGUGUUUGCAUUCGCAGCAGUGUUUGUAUCGCUUAUGGGGAGAUAGCGGAGGAGCGACUCCACGUACGAAUUGGCUUAAUUUCCGCACAAGAUGACACAGACAAGUCGCUUGGAUGCUGUGUAUCGAAGUGCACUGCUGUCCAAGUAUUUCAUCAAGGGCUGGGGCAAGCCAGACAACAUGAAGAGGCUGUUUGAUUUCAAGAAACGCAUGACUUCUCGUGAAACAUGCAGUCAGUUGGUGCCUUCAGAUUACCCUGUCUCAAUUGACAAGGUCGAAGAACAUUCGUCGUAUAGGAUCCUUGAAGGCCACAUGACCAGCCCCUUUGUACAAUACUUGCCCGAAGUUGUGCCAAAGGAAUCCCACAAAGCCUGGUUUCAAGUCUUGCUACCCCGCCAUUGGGUGACUGAACCACUGAGGCCAGUAUGUAUCCACUUAGCCGGUACAGGCGAUCACCAUUUUUGGAGAAGAAGGACGCUAACUUGUAGGCCAUUGCUCAAGGAAUGUGGGAUUGGUUCUAUCAUCCUCGAGAACCCUUUUUAUGGCCUAAGAAAACCGAAAGACCAGGUUCGAUCAAAUCUACACUGUGUAUCUGAUAUCUUUGUGAUGGGAGGCUGCCUAGUCUUAGAGUCCCUUGCACUACUUCAUUGGUGUGAACGGGAAGGGUUUGGACCUCUCGGCAUUACCGGAAUUUCCAUGGGUGGACAUAUGGCGUCACUGGCAGGGGCAAACUGGCACAAGCCUCUGGGCAUCAUUCCAUGCCUCAGCUGGACGACGGCCUCCUGUGUAUUUACGCAGGGUGUAAUGAGUGGUGCCAUCCCGUGGGAUCUUCUUCAGAGUCAAUACUUCUCGGAUCAUGUUUUCAGGGAAGAGAUUGAGCAGAUUAUCCAUUCACCUGAAAGGAAUGCAGCUUUCAGCGCCGGGCAACAUUUUGCCCGUAACUAUCCAGCAAGCAUGGAAAACUACAAAAAGCUGUCAUCGGAAAUCGAGAGCGAAUCUCCUCAGCUGCAAGAGGUUCGACGAAACUCUAUUCUUGCAUCGCUGGAAUUUCCAUCACGGCAGGUGCAGCAAAUGGAAGCUCUGAACUUCAUGAGAGGGAUUAUGGACGAAUGCACGCACUUGGAAAACUUUGCCCGCCCCAUUGACACAUCUCUGGCCGUGUGUGUAGCAGCGAUAAGGGAUGCCUAUGUACUGCGCGAGGGUCUCAAAUCACUGCUUGAGAUCUGGCCUGGCUGUGAAGUACGUUAUGUAGACUGUGGACACGUCAUGGCUUUCAUCUUCAGUCAGCACAUCUUCAGGAAGGCGAUUGCAGACUCUCUGGAUAAAACCAGCAUAAAAUAUUAUGGCCGAUCAUUAUAUGAAGAGCAGCAGCCUGCUUUGAACAUGGCAAUCCCAAAGCAGGACAUGGAAAUGGCGAAGAAGUCAGAGGCAUAGCCUCACCUGUAGCUCUAGUGGAGAAUUUUAGCGUUGCCAAAAAGACGUUUGUGCAAUACAUCUAAUGUGAUGGCACAAUUCAUUUUUUAGAAGGUGCUAGAGAUGAUGCUUGACAAAGAUGGGUGUUGUACAUAGCUUUCUCUUUUAUACAUUACUAACCAGAAGUAAGAAAACAUUGUUUAAGACAAAUAAACAGCCUUCCUAUAGUAUGAGCAAGAGCUCUGUAAUAUAUGUUGCAUUGACAAUGUACAGGAUUUAAUUUCCAGUGUGUACUUUGCAGACAUUAUACUAUGUCCAUGCAUGUUAGCAGACAAUUGUAAUUGCAAGUCCAAAAACAAAGUCCAAAGUGUGCCAGCUGCUGCUCCAAAGUAAACAGGAGCAGCCAGCAAACAAGAGGCAUGUUUCUUAGCAUCGCUUUGGUACUUAUGAUUAUGGCAGUAAACUAUGUGCCUUUCAAAAAGGAGAUGGUUGCAAGGACAUUCUAUGACAUCUGUAGAUCAUGGUGUAUUGCUGGUUUACACAUGUAACUGUAAUAUUGUAUGAAGAGUCCACUUAUAUAACUUUGUAUGUGAUGGACAAGUCGCUGAGGACUCGCGUGCAUGUAAUGUGGACUACCAAGGCCUGCGCUUGAAAAUUGCAUGCUACCGUGACAAUAAUUUGGCACUGCCACAUCCUUGUAUCCUGGCAAGAAUUGCUCAAGAAAUAGACAUAUGUACAUAGGGUAAAUAAAAGAAACACUAAAUUAAAUCAAUUAGGCCGAGAAUGGAUGCGAAGAUGCUUUUGACAUGCUGUAUGACGUGACUUGCUGGUGAUAUACCACAGACUGUAUAUGAUCUCGAUUUGAAAAUAAACAUGUCGCUCGAA